AUGGCUCAACUGCAGCCGCUAGCAGCCAUCCAGCAGCACGUUUGGGAUGCACGACUACCGCUCGAGGUUAGACUUGCCCCUUCGGAAUGCCGUACUUACGAUCAAGCCGAUCCGUACCUGAUCGCUUGGCCGCGCAUCUCGUACAUUCCCUUACUCCUGGCACGGCUACACUCCUUCUUCUCACCCCUUUUGAUUGUCGAUCCAGAAGAACUAACUCCUGAUGCUGGAUAUUUCACGUAUGAUGGAGUGCCACUCAAAUGGCACCUUCCCCUGGGAUUGCUCUACGAUCUCCAUGUUUUAUCGGUUGGCGACUCAACCGCUGAUCAGCCGAUCGCCGAUAGCAUCCCCUUCAGGCUUACCCUCCAUUACACGCCCGACUCUGCCAGCGCCCAUGUCAAUCUGAUCAAUCCUGACCCUGUCAGAAUGCAUGACUUCUUCAUCAAUGCCGUCAAAGAAGCUGACUUCUUGCGCUCCGGUACGGCCAAGCCAAUCAUGAGCCUAUCUGCGGCCGACAGUAAGGCGCUGUGGGCCUCGACCCAAGACAAUGAUCUAACAGUCUUCGCCAAAAUCCACCAGUCAUUGCUGCCUUCGGCGGGUCAGCUUCGCAACGUGCCCUUGCGUAUCUACCUGCCUAUGCCGCCUGAGGAGAGUGAGAGUGCUGCACAGAUGAGAGUUCUGCAAGCUCAGGUGUCUCCUACCCUUCCCCUCCAGCCUGGCGCCACGGCCGCACAGGCUCGAGCUGCUUCGACCGGUCAACCGCAAACGCUUGGAACAGCCUUGCAUAAUCUCAUCCCAGAUCUGUUCCCUUCCCGACGCACUCCUAUCCUUGCCCGGCCUAUUCUCCACGGCGCUCCCAUAGCGCUUACCGCCAACCUGGAAGACCUCACCAAAUGGGCUUGCUACGCCGAUGGCUGGAUACAUGUUGUGGUUGCGAUCAAUCAUUAG